AUGUUCGCACGCCAGGAAAAGAAAUCCACCGCCUUCUCCUUCUUGCACUUCCGUGCCGGCGAGCGUUUCUAUCAAGGGCACUGGGGGAGCGUGGCCGACAUGCAGGCGCAGUUCGAUGCGUUCGCCGAGGCCGCGCAGACGACGCUGUCAAAGCGCAUCGCGAGGCCGUACCUGCGCGGUACGCCGAUCCCCGGCCUGACCCUCUUCAACAACGAUCUCGGCCUGCAGAGUCCGCUCGUGCAGUGCAGCUAUCCUCUGAUCGUUGCUCAGCGGCUGCUGCUCUUCCCCGACUACUUGCGGCACUUCCAUGCCGUCUGUGGACGUGAGAACGUGCCCUGCGACUUCUACGCCGACAUCGACCUCCCCGGCAAGUCUGCCGCCGAGGCAGAGAAGACGCUGCUGGAGGUGCUCAACUACCUGGAGGUACGGCUGCCAGGCGUGGGCUUCACUGACCCCUUUUUUCUCGUCUUGACGAACGCCGUGCCAAGCGGGAGUAAGGCGUCGUACCACAUUCAUGCUCGGAGCUUCACACACGUGAAAAAUUGCCCACUCGCCAGCGACGCCGAGGCGAGCACGAUCUGCAAAGCGAAGCGCAAGCCCACGAGAAAGAUGAAGGCCAAGGCAGCCGCAUCAGCCCCAGCAGCGUCAGCCGACCGCAAGUUUGACGAGGAUGAUAUAGACGAGGAACACGAUGAAGAUCCGUACGACGACCUGAGUGACAUGGUGAGCGCCGUGGAUGCCGGUCAGGGCUCGGCGUCCUCGCGCGGCGGGAGUGCUGCGACCCCCAAGGUGGUGGCGUUCCAGGACUACCGCGCCGUGAAGCUCAUCGCCGACGAGGUAAAUCAAACAGUCGGUCGAGACAUCAUUGACCCCAACUGCUACCGGACGAACGGCAUGCUGCGCUGCGCCUUCAGCGCCAAGAUGCCCUCUGUACAGAACCACAACUACCAUGAGCAGGCCGACAGCGGCACGGCGGCGCGCAAGCGUCUUGUGCCGCUGGUGACCGCCUCCGACCCGGCUUUGCAGCAGCGGCUGUCGGAGACCGAGUCGGUGCUCCGCACCAUGACCGACCCCGAAAUACUAGAGCUUAGUUUUGUCACGAGGCAUCUGGACGCGGACACCAAGGUGAUCAAGGCCGCCAACAAGCGCGCCGCCAGUCUCUUGGCGCACGAGAGUGACGCCCCUGCCGAGAGUGCGGAGCAGCUGCGCCGCGCCGCCGUGCUGCAGGCGACAACAAAGCACCGCUUUAAGCUGAUUCGGCCGCGCCAGAUCAUGGGCCCACAGGCAACGCAGGCCGUGGAGUACGACGCCUACGGCAACGUCGUGCCUCCCUUCCUCACGGAGGCCGCAAAGUGGCGCCGCUUCAAGGCGGUCACGGCGAAGCUGCGCACCUUGCCGCCUCGAGCUGCGGAGAGCUACGACGUGUGGGUGCGUGUCGGCCUUGCCCUUCACAACUUCAGCAACGAAGACCACGUCUUCGAGGAGUGGGUGCGCUUCUCGCUCAAGUCACCGCUCAAGUACUCGCGGGAGGUGUGCCGUAAGAAGUGGCUGCAGUUUGAGCGCAAUCCGGACGCCCUGAACUGGCGCCGCGGAUUCAACUAUCUGAAUUCGACUGUGUGGCGCCAGGUGUGA